ACCCAUAGGCACACACACACACAUACACACACGCACGCACGCACACUGACACCUAAUCAUACUAAUCAAACGGAACAACGAGGCGACACUCCUCAAGUUAGCUUAAUUAAUUAGCUGGACACACCACACAAUCACAAGUCAGUUUAUUUUUGGUCAGUCUGGUUUUGUACUUGGAGCGUAGCGUGCGUGGCCGGCAUAAGCGCUGCUCAACACAAUGGCGUCCAAAGAUUUGCAGUCACCGUCAAGCGAGAUGGUGUUGCUUACACCGAACACUGAGAAUCCACCCAGCAUUGCGGCAGCUGUGACCAAGGAUAAGGAUGCCACGCGAGAGGGAUCUGCGGAAUCGGACAACAGUCGGGUUGCGAUGAAAAAACAGUUGGGCUUACUUGAGGGCGUGGCCAUUAUACUGGGCAUUAUCUUUGGAUCGGGAAUAUUUGUCUCGCCCAAAGGUGUCAUACGCGAAGUGGAGGCCGUAGGCACAUCGCUGAUUAUCUGGGUGCUAUGCGGUCUGCUCUCCAUGAUCGGCGCAUUGUGUUAUGCGGAAUUGGGCACAGCCAUACCAAAGUCUGGUGGAGAUUAUGCGUACAUCUUUGAGGCGUACGGCUCGCUGCCAGCAUUUCUAUAUCUGUGGGAUGCAAUGAUGAUAUUUGUGCCCACGACAAAUGCUAUAAUGGGUUUGACAUUCGCCUCGUACGUGUUGCAGCCUUUUUUCGCUGAUGGCUGUGAGAUACCAAAAAUCGCCCUUCAGUUGCUGGCAGCCGUUACCAUUUGCUUUUUGACCUAUUUGAAUUGCUAUUACAUGAAAAUCACAACGAAAAUGCAAAAUAUUAUUAUGUUCACAAAAAUUGCGGCAUUGGUACUGAUCAUUGUCGUCGGUGUGGUUUGGAUGCUGAUGGGCAAUGUUGAGAAUUUCAAUCAACCCUUUGAGAAUACUGAAACCGAUCCCGGCAAGCUGUCGGUGGCAUUUUACUCGGGCAUUUUCUCAUAUGCCGGCUGGAAUUAUUUGAAUUUUAUGACGGAAGAGCUGCGUGAUCCAUAUCGCAAUUUACCGCGUGCCAUUUAUAUAUCACUGCCCCUGGUCACGGGCAUUUAUGUGCUGGCCAACAUGGCCUAUCUGGCCGUAUUGUCUGCCCCUGAAAUGAUCGCCUCCAACGCCAUAGCAGUGACUUUUGGCAACAAGAUAAUGGGCAACUUCUCGCUGAUUAUACCCAUUAUGGUGGCCAUCUCAGCAUUUGGCGGUCUCUCUGUGCAUAUUAUGACCUCGUCGCGCAUGUGCUUUGUGGGCGCACGUAAUGGACACAUGCCCGCAGUGCUAUCGCACAUUAGUGUUAAGAGCUAUACGCCGCUGCCAUCGCUGGCUUUUCUGUGCCUGCUCUCGAUUGUGAUGCUGCUUGUGAGUGAUGUGUAUGUGCUCAUCACAUAUAGCAGCAUUGUGGAGUCGUUCUUUAUAAUGCUCUCGGUGUCGGCUGUUUUGUACUUUCGCCACACACGCCCCAAUAUGGAGCGUCCAAUUAAAGUCUCUUUGUGGAUACCCGCCGUGUUUGUCAUUGUGUGCGCCUUUCUGGUGGUCGUUCCGGUAUACGUCGCGCCAUUUGAGGUCUUCAUGGGCUUGAUAAUAACGCUAAUUGGCAUUCCAUUCUAUUACGUUGGCGUCGUGUGGAAGAACAAACCCAAAUGGGUGCAUGACGCGAUUGAUUCGAUGACAUUCACGUGCCAAAAACUUUUCAUGUCCGCCAAGGAGGAGAAACAGGAUUAACCGAACCCCGGAUGUAACUGAAUUUAGCCUUAUCAACAUCACAUAUAUACUAUAAAUCACACACAAUACAUCACAAAAAGAAAAAAAGGUGCAAAGACAUCGAAUAUUAGGUUUUUACUUAUUAUGUUUUGACGCAUUUGUGGAUUACGCGAAUUGUUACGCGUAUGUGCCACAUGUGCCACUUAUCUGGUAAAAAUGUUGAUUCACUUCACAAAGAGAGAAAAACUUGUUAACAUAACCAAUAAUUUGACAAUUAUUUAAAAUCAAGCAUAAAACUAUGUGCUUUUCAUCAUUUAUCAUAGAAUAUAGUUAAAUAUUUUGCCAGAUCGCACACAUCUGUGAGCUUAGCUUUAUAUUUAUUAUAUUAUUUACCAAAGUACGCCAGUAAUAUGCCAAAGUCCACAAUACAUUAUUAAAUUAUUAA